AUGGAUGCAACUACUUUUAGAUUUCUGAUUAGUCUGGCAAUAAGUGGACUUGACUUACGUUUGAUGGAUGUAGUCAUAGCUUUUUUAUAUGGCCCAUUGGAUAAUGACAUUUACAUGAAGCUCCUAAAUGGAUUCAAGUUGUCAGAAGCAAUAAAAUCUAGUUCUCAAGAGCAUUUAUGUAUUAAAUUGAACAAAUCUCUUUAUGGAUUUAAAAAACCUGGGAGUAUGUGGUAUAACCGACUAAGCGAGUAUUUGUUAAAAGAAGGUUAUAAGAAUGAUCCUGUUAGCCCAUAUGCAGAUUAUUUAUCUGAUCCUCAUAAUGGUCGGUCACAAGCUGGAUAUGUGUUCACAUAUGGUGGUACUGCCAUUUCUUAG